AAUAACUUUUACCUUUUUUGUUCGGAAGAGAUGUUUAUGUAAAGAUUAACACAAUAGAAAAGAAAAGACAAAAAGAAGGAAAAAAGUUAUAGCAGACUUGUUGCACACCAUGGCGACUUCAAAAGAGGAGACUACAAGCGUUGUAAUAACACGGGAAGACAGAGAAGCUGCAGAAAUAUUAAUAGAACUAAGCCAAGAUACUCGAUAUCAGCCAAUAGAAGAAGAAGAUGCAGCUCGAUCGUCGACUCUAUUAUUACAACAAAUAUCAAAAAAAAAAAACAAAAAAAAAAAACAAGUAACUAAAUCUCCUCAAAAGUCGUGUUCGUUUAAGGCUGAAGAGAAACAACAUUCGAGGAAGGAUGAUAAAUUAUCUAAGAAGGGUACAAAACGGAAGAGAGAGGUAGACGAUACCGACGAAACCCUAAGGAUUCUUCAGGAAUGGAACCGAACUAAACCCGUGCCGGUGGAGGAGCUAUUCAAAGGUGAUGCUGACGUGGCGGAGCUAUUCAGCGAACCGAUAAAGAAGCAGCUGACGAUGAGCGACGUGGAGAUUGGUCAAGGCAGGCUCAUGUUAGGGAAGCAGCAAGUGCAGAAGAAGAUGCUUCCUCUCUUGGAACAUUCUGAGCUUCCGCAAGCGACAGAGGGGCUUGACGUUUCGGUGUACGGACCAAACGGGAAGGUUCAAACGAUGAAGUUCAAGAUGUGGAGCGAUGACACGCCUGUAUUGACUUCGGGGUGGAACGAUUUCGUGGACAAAUAUAAACUCAAGAAGCAUCGUGAUUUUCUCACUAUUUGGAUGUUUAGGCAUAGAGUCACUCGUGGGAUUUGCUUUGCUAUUGACAGGACUAGGUUUCCUGUAACGGGACCUCUGAGUUUGAGGAUCUUGAAGUCUGUCUUCCCGAAUCCAAAUUAAUUAGGGUUUUUAGUCGUUUGUCGGUUUGUGUGUGUGUUUUUUUUUGGUAAUUAGAAGAGAGGAUG